AUGUACAAUCUGACCUUUUCAAUGGUGCGUGGGCAAGGAUACGAUGGAGCUAGCAACAUGAAAGGUAAUGCUAAUGGCCUGAAAAAACUGAUCAUGGAUGAGUCUCCUUCUGCCUACUAUGUUCAUUGUUUUGCCCAUCAACUACAACUAACUCUGGUUGCUGUUGCUAAGGAGAGUGGUGAUUGUACUUGGUUCUUUCAACAACUUGCAAACUUGUUAAAUGUUCUUGGCAUGUCUUGCAAGAAGAUGAGGAUGCUUCGGAUUGCUCAAGCCGAAGAACUGAUAGCUGCAUUGGAUUUGGAAGAAGUGGAAACAGGGACUGGGCAGAAUCAGGAAAUGGGUUUGGGAAGGCCAUGUGACACACGAUGGGGCUCUCACUUCAGAACUGUGAACCGUGUCCUAUCAAAUUAUGCUGCAAUAAAACGAGUCCUUAGGAAAAUUGGAGAUGAAUACCAUGGCGCAGAGGCUCAAGCGGCUCUAACUGUGGAGACAUCCUUUGUGUCAUUUGAGUUUGUUUUCAUGGCACACUUGAUGCAGGAAAUCUUUGGAUACACAGAUGAUUUGAGCAGAGCUUUGCAAAUGAAAGAGCAAGAUAUAGUUCAUGCUAUUGAGCUAGUUGAUUGCACAAAGUUUUACUUGCAGGCAUUGAGGUCUGAUCCUAGAUGGGAUGAUUUUCUUGUGACGGUAACAUCUUUCUGUACAAAGCAUAGGGUCAAAGUUGUUGAUAUGAAUGCUCGUUACUAUCCAGUUGGGCGACCUAGAAGAGUUGGUAUCCAUAACGGUGCAGAUAAUUACCAUCGCUUCCAUGUUGAUAUGUAUGUGAGUGUCAUUGAUAGGCAGAUUUCUGAGUUGAACGGCAGAUUUGAUGAGGUAAACACUGAGCUACUUACUUGCAUGGCAGCAUUCUGUCCACUUCGUGCAUUUGCUGCCUAUGAUAAAAAGAAGUUGGUUAAUCUUGCUUCAAAGUUUUAUGCUACUGAUUUCUCAAGUGAUGAACUAGCAAGACUUCCCUGGCAAUUAGACAUGUAUAUUUGUCAUGUGCGCAGAGAUGGAAGGUUUACAAACUUGAAGAGUAUAAUUGAACUUUCAGCUAUGCUUGUGGAGACAAACAAACAUCAACAAUACUUUCUUGUUUACAAGCUUCUUAAGUUGGUACUGAUUUUGCCGGUAGCUACUGCUAGUGUUGAAAGGGUAUUCUCCUCAAUGAACUAUGUGAAGAAUAAGCUAAGGAACAAAAUGAGUGAUGAAUAUUUGAACAAUGCUUUGGUUACAUUUGUUGAGAGAGAUUUCUUCAGUCAAGUGAAGGAUGAAGAUGUCAUCAAAAUCUUCCAACAAGGCGAUCGCAGAGUUACAUGGUAA